ACCUGUCGGCCCUUUCGAGGGGGCCGGGGUCGGGUUUGGGGGACGCAGGGCAGGCCUCCGAGCCGCCGGACGCCCGAGUCCGCCCCGGGACCCGGGCUCUCGCUCUCCCCGGGGGCGACUCGGGGUUCACGAGUGCCUUUCGCUUCCAGACUGGGCGAGAUGGAACUGCGACCGUGUCAAAAAGCCGGAGAAUCAAACGGUUAACGCUCAGUCCAAGUGCAGUUUCGGGUCCACGGCUGUCAGCGUUGAACGCGCUGAAUUUAGAGGGGGUGGAGGGAAGACCAAAACGAAACAGCGAACACUAUCCUGCCGACCGCAGCGGGUGGCAGCUGCAGUCCAAACGGGCCCGGACAGUGUCGAAAGCACGACUUUGACUGCGGCCCUGGGCUAGCGGCCCCGCUACGCUCACUCUUCCCGCGGCUCCAGUUCACCCAGCGGUCGCAGCAGAGUGCCUAGGGCAUCCUGCGGGAGUCGUACGGUUGUGGGUUCUUUUCCCAAAGACCUCGUUUGGCAUGUAUUCGGAACUAAAUUUCCCUUCCCAGAAGAGGAAGAGCCGUGCAAAAAGGAAUUAGACAAAGGCCCCCCCGCCCCACCUCUGUUGUCUUCUUUUGAACUUCUUUGAGGGAGCCGAGAGCUGAGUGCAGGCGAAAUGGCCCUGGUGCCCUAUGAGGAGACAGCGGGAGUGGGGUUGCAGAAAUUCCACAAGCCUCUUGCCACCUUCUCCUUUGCGAACCACACGAUCCAGAUCCGGCAGGACUGGAGACAGCUGGGAGUUGCCGCGGUGGUUUGGGACGCGGCUGUCGUCCUUUCCACCUAUCUGGAGAUGGGAGCUGUGGAGCUCCAGGGCUGCUCUGCGGUGGAGCUGGGUGCCGGCACCGGGCUGGUGGGCAUAGUGGCUGCCCUGCUGGGUGCUCAUGUGACUAUCACGGAUCGGAAAGUAGCAUUAGAAUUUCUUAAAUCAAAUGUUCAAGCCAACUUACCUCCCCAUAUCCAACCCAAAGCUAUUGUUAAGGAGCUGACUUGGGGACAAAAUUUGGGGAGUUACUCACCUGGAGAAUUUGACCUGAUACUUGGAGCUGAUAUCAUAUAUUUAGAAGAAACAUUCGCAGAUCUUCUUCAGACUUUGGAACAUCUCAGUAGCAACCGCUCUGUGAUUCUUUUAGCUUGCCGAAUUCGCUAUGAACGGGACAACAACUUCUUAGCGAUGCUGGAGAGGCAAUUUACUGCACAAUCACAUGAGCAAAGAAUGGGAAAAGAGAUAAUAGUAAGAGUUUUGGAGGCUGGAAAGAAGAAGGAUGAAUGGUAAUGAACUUGGAAGACCUCAGAAGGCCAACUCAUGUGGUAGAGGCAGGGAAAGCCUGAUUUGAACCAUAAAAUCCUUAAGAGGCUCAGGAUCUAAGUUACCCUGGAAGGUGGAGUAAAGGGAAAGGCUGAAAAUAAGGAAGGCUGGUUGAAGGCUCUUUGAGAAGCAACUGGAUCCCCUCCCCACACUCCCUGUGGAGGAAUAAUCUACCCCACGCUGACAGAAAAAUGGAGAAUUAAUUUCUGGAGAGCAGGUCUCCUGACUGCCUACAACAGAUACUGCUGAAGGUGGGGUUAUUAACCUCCAGUCUUCUCUCUCUUAGCUCCCAGGCCUUUACCGUAUAAGCAAGGGAAUCAGUAAAGCCUUCCCUGAGGAACCUAAUCAAUGACAAGGGGCUAAAUAAAGACUUAAAAGAUACUGACAUUGGGAAGGCCAUAAUUACCCUACAUGAAGUUCACAACUCAUAGUUAUUAGGCCCCAAACACAUCCAGAGCUUCUGAUACAGUUUUUUGGUCCCCUACUUUAAACUUGAGCAGACAAGCACAGAUUAUAAAACAUCUGAAGAAAGCUUCUAAUUUGAAAGAUGGAGACCAAAACAAAUUGAAGGGCAAAAAGCUUAUACAGAGGAAAAUCUAUGUGGGGAGAAGAAAACUUAAAACCUAAUUAAUAUUCUCAGAGAUGACAGAAAAUAUUGCCUUUGUGAAACAUAAACAGGAUGCUAUUAAAAUACAAAAGGACUAUUCAGAGAACAAAAGGAACUCUUGGAAACAUGACAGCAGAAAUAAAACAUUCAACAAAUGGGCUGGAACAUGAAACUGAAGAAAUCUCCCAGAAAGCAGACCAAAAAGACAAAGAGAAAGCAGUAGAGAAAAGAUGAGAAAAUCAGAGAAACAAUCCUAUUGGUAUAACAUCUAGAUCACAAGGAUCCUAGGAAAAAAAAAAUCUUCAACCAAAUAAAGAAAUUGCCCAGAAUCGAAGACCUGAGUUUUCACUAUAAAAGGGCACACUGAAUAUAUAUACACAAUGGAUAAAAACUAUUCAAACCAAGACCCUAAUAAUGAAAUAGUGAAGCACUGUGAAGAGAGAGAAAUAAGAUACCAGAGAGAGAAAAUAAAUGGAUUUAGUCUUUUCCAAUAGCAACACUACAUGGUGACUGUGGAUCAAUGCCUUCAAAAUUUUUAAGAAAAAAAAUUUUUUUUUUAAAGAUUUUAUUUAUUUGAGAGAGAGAGAGCGCACGCAAGUGGGGAGGAGUGGAGGGAGAGGGAGAAAGAAUCUGAAGCAGACUCAGCACUAUGCGCAUAGCCCAACGUGGGGCUCCAUCCCACGACUGGGAGAUCAUGACCUGAGCCGAAACCAAGAGUUGGAUGCUUAACCGACUGAGCCACCAGGUGCCCCAAGAAAAAUUAUUUCUUUACCAAGAAUUUUUUACCCAAACUUGCUUAAGAAACCACUGGAAAACAUGCUUUACUAUAUCAAGGACACAAACUCAGUAACAGAAAGACAGUAGGGGCAAAGGAAUUUUCAGGAAUGGAUUAUAUAGCAGACUUAGAGGACAAGCAGAUCACACAGAAUAGUGCCAGAAUAGUGGCUGUCAUCACCAAGAUCCCUUCUGGCAUUGUAUCUUCUUUUUACCAGAGGGUCAAAUGCUUGGGUGAGCCCCAGAUUCUGAUCUGUGCAUGUCUGCCUUGACCAUGUACUGAUGAAGUCCUGGCUCUUUCCCCUUCAUUCCUGCACCUGAUCCAAGUAUUUACUUCAUCCCCAGAUAUAUUCUGCUUUGCCUUACUCCUGAGGGUUGGAGGCAGGCCCUAGUACUCUUAGGAGAAAACAUAGAGCAGCCCACUCCUUCUGACUAUAUUCCUGCUGGAGAUCCAGUAUUUGGGCCAUACUUUAGUUCAGUGUAGUAACCAUCUGUGGUUAGCCCCCUAUGUUCCAAGACCCAUUCUUGCUCAGGGACUUCCCAAGGAGGGCUUUUAAAUUCUUCAAGAAGCCGAAGCUCAACAUGGUAGAGCCUCUGCUAGGAUUGUUUUCUCCUGGGAGCCUUUAUCAGAAAGAGACAAUAUCACACUCUUUUACCUAGCAGGUUUAUGGCUGUUAUUUGGUUUUUAUAUUAACUAUCUUUCUUACUCAUAUGUACAUGCAAAUAAUGGUUAAUAAAAUAAUAAUAAAUAAAUAAUAUCUAAUAAAUAAAAAUAAUAAAAUAUUUAAGGAAGAAUACAUCAGAACAAAAAAUUAAGAUGAGUGAAUAUAACUCUAGAGAUAGAAUGUUUAAGACAAAGACAAAAUGAAGGAAUCAUGAAUUAUAUUUAAAAGAUACAGGAAACAAAACUAUUAUCCUUGAAAUUUACUUGUGUGUCAAGUUAUUUGCUUACCCUAUUUUUUAGUUUAAGCACAUAGAAAACUUAGCCCCUCAGAUUAAAUUCCCAUGCCUCAAAUUAAAUCUGUGUGAUAAAAAAAAAAAAAAAAGCAGUUACCA